UUGCAGUAUCGAUAUUGAUGAGCCAGAAGAAGACACUUGGAACUGUUACGGAAUGUACAGAGCUUUGCGAUGAUUCGGUAUCUUUGCUAGGAGAUGUCGAUCUUUCAGUUUUAAAUAGUUCAAGACUUUUAACCGAAGAAAAAUAUGGUGUGAUAACGAAAAAUGAUGAAGAGGAUAAGGGGAAGUGGAUUCACGCGAAACCAUCUAGAUUGAAUUUCGCAUCGUUAUUUCAUGCCAGAUCACAUCGAAAAUACAACAGAAGCAGUAGUGUAAUAGAUAUAGCAUCAUCAAAAGGUAUCGAUGAAAUGAAUCGAACAAUUAACGAACGUAAAUUGUCUAAUGCAAAUGCUGGCUCAGUACCACAGUUAGAUUCGAGAAUUCUCCAAGAUAGCUGUUCAUCAAGUGUUGGUGGACAAUCGCAAUUUGCGAAUAGUGAAGAUGAACAAGGGUUUGGUAUUAAUGGUAGCGAAUCAGACUUUGAGCAGACAUUACAAAACAUUAAUGAUGAAUCUUCACGUUUUGGUGCAGUGGUCAUAUCUGAUAUCAGUUCACUACAACCAGCACCACAACAUUCACCAUUGAACGGUUCCUCUGCUCCGACUCGAAAACAUUGGGAAUGUCCAUUGUGCUUCAUUCGACAACCGUUAGCGAACUUUCCCCGUCUUUCCUGCUGCAGCCAUAGAUCAUGUAAAAAUUGUCUUGUACAGUACUUGCAAGUGGAGAUAAUGGAAAGCAGGAUACAGUUAACAUGUCCAGAAUGCAGUGAACUGCUUCAUCCAAGCGACAUCUACUACUUAAUGGCACACUGUCCUGAUUUAAUCGAAAAAUAUGAAACAUUUUCACUGAGACGAGUUCUAAUGAUGGAUCCAGAUACUCGAUGGUGUCCAGCACCUGACUGCACGUACGCGGUUAUCGCAACGGCAUGUGCUGCUUGUCCCGAACUACGCUGUGAACGUCCCGGUUGUGGUGCACUUUUUUGUUAUCACUGCAAAGGACCAUGGCAUGCCAGUCAAACAUGUGAUGAGGCUCGUAAGGAACGUGGAGAAAUAUAUCGACGAGCAGUGCCACAGCUUUCGGCUACACAAGAAAGCACCCUAAAACGUGGAGAUAUCAAAGCGUGUCCUCGAUGUCGUACAUACAUCGUUAAAAUGAAUGAUGGUUCAUGCAAUCAUAUGGUCUGUGCGAUGUGCAGCGCUCAGUUCUGCUGGCUUUGUUUGCGGGAAAUCAAUGAUCUGCAUUACCUAAGUCCUACAGGCUGCACUUUUUGGGGAAAAAAACCUUGGACCAGGAAGAAGAAAUUACUGUGUCAGGUUGGGACUUUGAUUGGUGCACCUGUUGGUAUUGCACUGAUUGCAGGUUUGGCAAUCCCAGGCAUAAUUUUUGGUGUACCCGUAUUUGUUGGAAGGAAAGUGAACCAGCGCUUUGCUCAUUUAACUAAAAUUCGUAGACGUUGUUUAACGGCUGGAAGUGUAGUAGGCUCACUAGUCGUUAGUCCAGUUUUGGCUGUAAUGGCUGUUGGUGUAGGAGUUCCCAUUAUGCUAGCUUAUGUUUAUGGUGUCGUACCUCUGUCUUUAUGUCGAAAUGGUGGAUGCGGUGUUGGUAGUGGUUCAUCAAAACCUGAUCAAGACGAUCUUGAUGAUGAUGAAAUUUGGCAUGAAGUGAAUAUGCGUAAUCAUGAGAAAUCUCCGUUGUUGAACGAUAUGGAGCGGCAGGAUGGUACAUCCGUCAUUACCAGAAUAUCUGUAAAUAGUGGGUUGUCGAGCGCGCAGCAAAUACCUAGCCGUUUACAGGUGCAAGCCGAAUUAUGUCGCCGCAGACCCAGCAUAGAAUCAGGAAUCAACAGCUUAGGCGAAAAGUAUAACUAUGAGGAAGCGAGCACCAAAGCUAUGGCUGGUUCUCAGUAUAAUGAUGACAAGAGUUUGCAUACAGUCUGUUCUGGUCAAGAAGCGGUGAGUUAUUGCGAAGAAGUGGCAAGCAUUGUUGCUUUGUCAGGUUCAGUUGUUGAUGCGAAGUCACUCACUGAUAGUGCCAGUGGACGUGUUUUUGUAACUCAGAUGUACUGCCGUGAGCGAGAUCUGAGUCCAUCAUCACAGCACGCCAUUGCUUGUAAUGAUUUUUCAAAAUCAGGUGAUGAGCAUUGUUGCGAAAAUCAGCAACACACUCGGCAGGAAAUAAUUACUCAUAACCGAGAAGAUUCGCUGUCAUGGGGUGGUGUUAGUAAACGUCGGGGUUACGCAGUGAACGUCGUUUCUGCUGCAAGUGGGAAUAUAAUAUCACAUCGGGUUGCACAAACAUAUUCUGGUGUAAAAUGUGGUUUCAUUACUGAGAAUGCUUCAGGAGGUGAUUCUGAUGAAUUAAUGUUAAUGGCUGAUGAAACAGUUCCUUAUCUUAGCGAUUCAAGUAAAGGUCUAAAGCAGUCAUCUUCAGGUUCGAUUAAAGUUCACCAGGUUAUGCGUUCCUCCCAUUCAAGUGAUUCUGCUGGUUCGAAAGCUGAUCGAUUUCACAUCCGUGCCCUUUUUGAUACUAUGAAAAGAAUCGUUUCGGAUGACGUUGCUUCUGAAUCUGAAAAAGAAUUGGAAGUUCAGCAGAUCGGUAAUUUCAAUUUCCGUUCAGUUUUACGCCGUCCAGCCCACAAGAACGUAAUUUCAAAUAAUACCGACACAUAUAAUCAUACUGGUGCAUGUUCUAGUGGCAGUGAUCAACGCGCACUGUUCUCCAGUUCAGACCACUCUAUCACAACAAACCACACUAAGGCGGACUGCAGUAGUGAUGAAACGAAUGAUGCAAGGAAUAAACGACGUUUCUUUUCAAAUAUUUUUACCAAACGUUGAAAGUAAAAUCUUAUAGUGCAUUUCAUUCUUUCUCAACUAUUUUUCGUUAUUGUCUCUUUCAAAGUUCUUUAUUCGGUUCCAUAUCGUAAAAUGGUGCGUUAUGAACAAUUUGUUAGUCAUACUGUACAUUUAUUUUGCGGGUAUCUCUACUUUCAUUUAAUAAGCACUGCAUUUUUCUCUAUUUAAUGAUUAGCUAGUUAUGUACCGUUCACUUUAAUUUUAAUUAUGUC